UAUAUGAGACAGUGACUCGUCUACUGGUGGCCAGCAGCACAGAUUGGGUUUUGCGGUGCUGGGUUCUUCAUCAGGCCUCCACCAUGCAUUUUCUGUCCAAGGCACUUCUGCUGCUUGUGGUGCUGAGCUCAACCACAGCCUCUCUGACUCCUGAAGAAUGUCUCGAGCUGGAGAAGACCCUCUCAGCAGAGGAGCUCCACACGAUCUCAGGCAAGUGGACCCUGAUUUUGGCUUAUGGUAACACGGACAAGUCCAGAGCGUUACUGAAGACGGCAAACAGCUCCCAGACUGAAUUUAGCUUUUCAAACAACAACCAAACAUUGACCCUCAAACAGGCAAACAUGGGAAAUGAAACAUGCAUUCGCUACUCAAUGAAUUUCACAGUUUCUGGAGAUGAAAUCCAACUAUCACGUGGGAAUACCUCUGACACAGUUUACUUCCUGCAGACCUGCACUGACUGUCUGGUGAUGCUCCACAGUUUAGAGUCUCCCUCUGUAAAGAAAGCGGCAUUUCUACUUAUCUAUGGAAAGACUGGGACGCUGCCAGAGUCUGAGCUGGAGAGAGCCGGGAAACAAGCCUUAUGUCUUGAUUUCGAUCACCCUCCACACAUGUUCUACAAUGAAGGAGCAGAGUUUUGCCCUGAGAAGACUGAGGCCAGCGAAGUCAAGGAGCCAGAACAAUAAUAAACUGUGUUUUUCCCCUGGAAACUCACUGAAAAAUGUGGAUGUGCUCUUUAAUAUACUCUACAUCAAUAAAACUCUUGGG